AUGCCUCUUUCAAACGCUUCAAAGUUUCUUCUUACAACAGUUGCAAUUGCCGGUGGUGCAUACUUCUAUUCCACAUACUCUGCUUCUAAAGCUAAACCACUUUUCUCAGGUGAUGGUGAGUGGGUUGACUUGAAAUUGAAGGCAAUUAAAGAUGUUUCUCAUGAUGCAAGAUUGCUCACUUUUGAGUUCCCAAACAAAUUGUCUACAUCAGGUUUGGUUACUGCUUCAUGUAUUUUGGCAAAGUUUGUUACCGACAAGGGUAGCAAUGUUGUUAGACCAUAUACUCCAAUCAGUGAUACAAAGCAGAAGGGAUCUUUUGAUCUUUUGAUCAAGAAGUACGAGGAUGGUAAGAUGACCAACCACAUCUUUGGACUUAAGCCUUCUGACACUCUGUCUUUUAAGGGUCCAAUUUUGAAAUGGAAGUGGGAGCCAAACCAGUUCCAGGAGAUCACUUUGAUCGGUGGUGGUUCUGGUAUCACCCCAUUAUACCAGUUGAUUCACGAAGUCUUGAAGAACAAGGAGGACAAAACUAAGAUCAACCUUCUUUUCGGUAACAAGACACCUUCCGAUAUUCUUCUCAAACCUGAACUUGACAAGUUGGCAAAGCAACACCCUGGUCAGUUUGAAGUUAAGUACUUUGUUGACAAGGCCGAAAACGAAUUUGAUGGAAAGGUUGGCUAUAUUGACAAAGAUGCAUUGAAGUCUGUGUUGAAAGGACCUUCUCCAACUUCUCAUGUCUUCAUUUGCGGUCCCCCAGGUAUGUACAAGAGUAUUUCCGGUCCAAAGGGUCCAAGGGGUGCUCAGGGAGAAAUGGGUGGUAUCCUUGCCGAACUUGGUUACGACAAGACUCAGGUGUUUAAAUUCUGA